AGACUCCCAUCACUGAUAAGCGCUUUAAACGCCACAAUCCCCCUCCCGCCCGCCGGUCACUCCGCAACAGCGAUGGACCCAUCGUCUUGCCUCCAUUUGGAGGUCCUCCUCAAAGUUUUCCAUCACUAUCUAACCGACCGGGAGAUCCCUGUCCAGUCCUUCAACUUCUCCGACGGGCUCUGGGUCCUCGGGCAAGUGAGCAGUGCUUGGAGAGCUGCAGUCCUCUCGGAUAAAUCUCUCUGGUCGACAAUCAACGUAGCGGUAAACUAUCCCCCCCAUGUCGAUACCAUGACUACGGUCGAUGGAGGUCCCAUAAGUUUCAUGCUUUAUGAGGAAGAGCCCUUGUAUGGCAUCCAUACGAAGAUUCUGAGCCCUACAACGAAUGAAAUUCUCUCCUACAUCCUUCGUCGCUCGGGAGACCUUCCGCUUGAUAUCUCACUUCAUUUCCCCGCCAAAUUCCUCGAAGCAGAAGAUGUCAUAUCCUCUACUUGGAGACCGUUUUUCUCCAUUCUCUCAGCCGAGUCCCGUCGCUGGCGCUCGCUGAACCUCGUAGCGCCCGCCCCAAUCUGGGAGGACUUCUCAGCCAUCCCCGAGCCGGGCCUCCCGCUACUCAAGACAGUCCACGCUAUCCUCCCGCGCGGUCUGUGUCUCAUGCCGUUCGUUAACCGCUGCGAGAAAGUCGUCGACCUAUCUAUCGGGAUCCGCCGUGCCGAUGGUACUCCCAUGAACCAGAACCCCGUCGAGAUGAAAAAGUUGCACCAACUACAAGUCCUCGCUCCUCUUUUCCUCGGUGCUAUCACCGCGCCGAACGUCAAGUCGCUGGUAGUGAUGAACAAGGCUUUUGCGGAGUUUAGGUUCCCUACGUCUUUUAUCCCUGAUUUCAUUCGUCGGUCGGGAUGCGCUUUGACGGAGCUCGUCCUGCAUUGGAACGACACUACCGAGGAGUUGUUCCGUAUCCUCUCUAGCGUGCCGACGCUCGAGAGUCUGUCGUGCCAUGGAAGGCUCGACGUAGCGUUUUAUGAGGGGAUGAAAUCUCCGUCUCCUCUCUUACCGAACCUGCGUGCUCUGAAUCUCCAGCGCCAGGUAGACGUACACCGUCGGUUCCAGUUCGUCACCAAGCCUACUACUAUCGUCGAUGCCACUCCCGUCAUCGAUAUGGUCGAGUCUAGACUCGCGAGCGAGGUCUUGCAGAGCGUCAGUAUCAGCGACGUUGUAGUCAAUGUUUUCCGUGACGCUGCGAAGGCCCGAUUGGCUAGGCUCAAUGAGAUACCGGGUGUGAAGGUUGAUAUCCGGCAAUUUGAUGCUGGGGUCACAUCCGGGUUCGGGUUCAAUAUUGCGACGGUGUAUUGAUGUGUACCCCGACCAUACACAAUAGUCGAUUGCGUGGGCCAUACUAGAAUUUUUCGAUAACUGGUGUUUCUUUUCGGUUACAGAUUUUCUUUUGUUGUAUACAAAUAUCCUGUACCA